AUGAAGAAGCCAGAAAGACGUCAAUCAAUGGCUGAAAGAAGACCCAGCGUCUCUGUGAUCCCCCACUUGGCCGGGCUCGAAAAACCGCAGGACCACUCGUUGAAGUUGGACCACUGUGAUGUGUUAAUAUUGGGCACUGGACUCAGUGAGAGUAUAUUGGCAGCUGCCCUCUCGUGGCAGGGUGUUGAAGUACUCCACAUUGACGGCCAGCCCUACUAUGGAGACCACCUGUCCACUCUCACCGUGGAUCAGAUGAAGAAAUGGUCGCUGGAAGUGAACCAGGGCAAAAUCAAGCAUUUCAAGGACGCCCAGGUAUACAUUCCUGGGGGCAAGUCCACCAACAAGUUCAACAGCAAGGACUACGGCAUUGAUCUUUCACCCAAGGUAAUGUUUGCCAAGCUGGACUUGUUGCUGUUGCUCGUUCAGUCAAGAGUGUACAAGUAUUUGGAGUUCCAGAGCUUGUCUAGUUUCCACGUCUUUGAGAACGACAACUUCAGCAAGAACAUCUCGUCCACCUCCACCAAGGGUGACAUCUUCACAGACCAGUCGUUGAGCUUGGUCACGAAGCGGUACCUCAUGAAGUUCUUGAAGUUUGUGCUUCAAGACAAUAACGACGAGCUGAAGUUGAAGAUCAUCAAGGAGAACGCCAACACCUCGAUUGAAGACUUCUUGAGCAAGACCUACAAGUUGGAUACUCCACAGAUCAACGAGUUGAUCUUCUCCAUUGGCUUGUGCAACAAGCCCAACAUUAAAACUCCCGAAGCCUUGCUCAAAAUCAAGAGAUUCUUGGUUUCGUUCGACGUUUACGGGAACUUCCCAGUCAUGGUUCUGAAAUACGGAGGUCCAGGCGAGAUCUCACAGGGCUUUUGUAGAAGUGCAGCAGUUGCAGGUACAACUUAUAAGUUAGAUACUUCGAUCAUCGAUUUUGAUCCAGAGCUGAAGGUAGCCAAGUUUAAUGAUGGCUCAGCUGUCAAAGUCAAUGAGAAGAUUGUCAUAUCACCAACACAAAUCCCGAAAUUCUUAAACACAGAAUACCAAGAUCUCAUCUCUUCCAAGAACUUACCAGUCUACAACAUCACAAGGUUGAUUUCCAUUGUGAAAAGAGACUGCAGUGAAUGGUUGUCUGAACAUGAAUCUUCAGCCGUCGUAGUGUUCCCCCCAUUUUCCUUGCCCACAGAGAACGCCGAGGCUGUUCAAGUCAUCAUACAGAGUGGGAACUCAGGCGUAUGUCCUGUAGGCCAAUCUAUAUGGUACUCGCACACCACAGAGCAAAAUGUAGACAAGGCUAAGGAUGAUCUACAGGCUGCUUUUGAAAAGAUGGAAGCAUCCAUAUUGAGAGAGCUGUCAACCGCUGAUUUGGAAGAUGUUUUGGAUGAAAAAGAUUUCAUAAUGAGCGCCCAAGGAACGCCAGUUCUUGUUAAUUCAUUCAAAUUAGGGAAGAGCUUACAAAAUUUCGUGCCAAAGGAUAAAUUAGAGAUUGUUUGUAAGAUUGGAUACGUUCAAGAGACAUUAAUUGAUCCAAGUUUGUCUAAUAUCUUGAAUGCUUCCGAGUCAAACAACAUUUCAUUGGCUGAUUGUAAGGAUUCCCAAGAUAUCAUUUUCACCAAUAUGCCAACUUCCGAGUUGAGUUACGAUGGAGUGGUGAGCGACUGUAAAUUGCUUUAUUCCAGAAUAACAGGAACUGACGACGAUUUCUUUGAUGUGGAUUUUGAAGACGAUGACGAAGACGAUGAGUACAGUAGUAAGACCGGAAACCAGGCACGCGGAAGUGUCCCAACUGCUAGCGGAAUGAACCAUAAUGACAAUGACAAUGCUAUAGCAGAUAGCGACGAUGAUGAAGACCAUCACGAACCAUUUGGUGCUGAUGAAAUGGAAUUGUAG